AUGCGCUUCUCGUCCGCACUUCUCUCCACCCUUUUGCUUUCCGGCACCUCGCUGGCAACACCAGCUGGAGUCUCGUCAGCAGGUGUUCUGGCACAGGGGAGUGCAGCGCCGGAGGAUCAUGCUAUAGUACGGACAGCGGCAGCAGAACCAUCUGCAGCUGCAGCGACACCAGCAACAGCACAGGCGGCCGGAACCGAGCAGCAGCCGAACGCUAAAGUCGGUACCAACCAGCAAGGCGCCGGCGCCUAUGCACAGCAACCUUCUGCAGCCGUCGGCAACCAGCAAGCAUCCGGAAACCAGCAGCCAUCGGUGAAUGGAGCUGAGCAGCAGCCGACUAUCACUGCAGUGCAGCAUCCGGGCCUGGUCGCAGAAACUCCUUCAAGCCAGACCACUACUUCACAGUCCGAAGAUCUCAUAGGAGGAUUGGUGAACGGCCUUCUCGGAGGUGGUAACAACCAGGCAGCCAGCAGCGCUACCGCGACACAUGCACCAGCAGAGUCUUUUACCACGAGCUCCGCUGCUUCUGCGACCAGUUCAUCCGGAAACCUGUUCACCGACAUUGGCGAUGGCAUUGAUGGCCUUCUUGGCAUCUUGUCGCCGACAUUCCUCAAGAACGUGGAGUCUUUCUUCAACCACGUUGCGAUAUUGUUGGAUGACACGACAACCACCCAGGCGAAGGGUCUGAUCGACACCGCUUACAAGCUGCUGAACAAGCAGAUGAUCAGCGAGUUGGACAGCCUUCUGGGCAAUGCAAACAGCCUGCUCACCCCAAGCUUUGUGAACGAGACAACGCAGCUGAUCAACUCGAUCGGUCCCCUCGUCACCCCGCAGCUGUUCCGGAAGGUCUCCGUCUUGCUUGAUAAUGGCAACAACCUUUUGACUGCCAACUUCGUCAAGGAGGUCAAUGGCCUCAUCACCAAUGCAAAUGACCUGUUGACCGCCGACUUCGUCAAGGAAACAACGGAGCUGAUUAGCGCGGUUUCCCCAGUGCUGACACCUGAGAUUCUUGCGCUGGUCGCGGGCUUGCUGAAUAACGCCAAUGACCUCCUGACCACAGAGUUCGUCAAGGACACGAAGUCAUUGAUCCUUGCUGUAUCCCCAAUCUUGACGCCAGACUUGCUCAAGGAGGUCGGCACGCUUGUGAACAAUGCCAAUGGUCUCCUGACUACAAGCUUCGUCAAGGAUGCGACAUCAUUGAUCGAGACGGUCGGCCCCUCUCUGACUCCCGAAUUGUUCAAGGAAAUCAACUCGGUCUUGAGCAAUGCCAAUGGUCUCUUGACGCCUACCUUUGUCAACGAAACUCAGUCUCUAAUCGAUACCAUCUCGCCUUCCCUUACCCCUGCGCUGUUCAAGGAGAUCAGCUCGGUCUUGGGCAAUGCGAAUAGCUUGUUGACUUCCAAAUUCGUGAAGGAGACCCAGAGCUUGAUCGACGCAGUUUCGCCAGUGCUGACUCCUGACAUUCUUGCGCUGGUCGCGGGCUUGCUGAACAACGCCAAUGACCUCCUUACGCCCACAUUCGUGAACGAGACCCAAGGCCUGAUUGGCGCCGUUUCUCCGGUCCUCACACCUGGUGUCCUUGGCCUCGUGGCUGGCUUGUUGAAUAACGCCAACGACCUCCUUACGCCGACAUUCGUGAACGAAACCCAAGGAUUGAUUGGCGCCGUGGCUCCGAUUUUGACCCCGGCUCUUCUCAAGGAAGUCAACGAUCUCCUGUCCAACGCCAACUCUUUGUUGACCACAGGAUUUGUUGGCGAAGCCCAGACAUUGGUUGGUCAUGCGAACGACCUUCUCACGACCAAUUUCGUCAAGGAGACCCAGAGCUUGAUCGACGCAGUUUCGCCGGUGCUGACGCCUGACAUUCUUGCGCUGGUCGCGGGCUUGCUGAACAACGCCAAUGACCUACUGACACCGAAGUUCGUCAACGAGACCCAAGCCUUGAUUGGUGAUAUCGGACCAAUCCUCACCCCUGACAUGCUCGGCGAGGUUGGCGGGCUUCUCAGCAACGCGAACAAGCUUCUGACGACCAAGUUUGUUGACGAGACCCAGAGCUUGAUUGAUAAUGUGUCACCUGCCAUCACUCCUGCUCUCCUCAGCCAGGUCAACUACCUCCUAGGCAAUGCAACGAACUUGUUGACAACUAGCUUCGUCAACGAAACAAAGGGCCUGAUUGAUGAAGUGUCACCCAUUCUUACUCCUGAAAUGCUUGGAGAGGUUGGCAGCCUGCUUGGCAAUGCCAACAAUUUGUUGACCACGAAGUUUAUUAACGAAACGCAAGUCCUCAUCGAGGACGCUUCCGAGCUGCUUCCCGCUGUAGUCAAGGUUUUGGGUUCGCUGUGA